AUGAAACGUGGUAAACACAAUAGGGAGUACAUGGGUCCCGCAGAUGCUGCGCUGCGGCGUCGCUCUGUCUUCCGUGAUGCCCGUGCGGCGACUACACAACUCACCGCAAGUCAACUCAUUGAACAGGCACAAGAUAUGCAACGCCUAACAGACCCAGGAAACGAUAGUACGAAAGUUGUAAUUAACAGUGCGGAAGAACUUGCUUUGUAUCGUCAAAAGACACGGGCCGAAUUAGAGGAACGAGUUAAACGUGGUUACAGCUUUCUUGGAAAUUGGGUGAAGUACGCCCGUUGGGAGGCGCAGCAAAAAGAUUUCGUUCGUAUGCGCAGUGUGUUGGAACGGGCAGUUGCCAUCCAUGGUACUUCUCCUGCACUUUGGCGUGACUACGCAGAGUUAGAAGAAGAACACGGAUUUGUUAAUCACGCACGGGCAGUGUGGGAUCGUGGAGUUACUGCCCUACCAUCCGCUACGGAUCUAUGGCUAAAGUAUUUAGUAUUUGAACAGGCAGCAGGACAGGAUAGUAAAGUGCGGGAUAUUUUUAAUCGUUGGCUAUCCGGACCAACACCACCACAUUGCGCAUGGGAACUUUUCGUGUUAUUUGAGGCUCAAUGUCAACGUAAUGAGGCGUGUAGAGAUGUGAUGCGUCGAUAUGUGGAAACAUAUGCUACUGUGGAGGAAUGGUUAUUCUAUGGAAUGACUGAAUUAAAUGUUUUAAAUUCUGCAGAUAGGGCGAUUAAGGUUUUUAUGACCGCAAUGGAGUCACUUCCAGAAGAGUAUAUUAAUGGUGAAAAGGAUUGCAGAAUUCCAUUGGCGUUAGCAGAAGCUCUUGUGAGUUCUAAAAAAUAUGAAGAAGCACGAGAUGUGUAUCAUCGACUAUUACGGGAUUGUAAAUCUGCUUCUGUUCUAGACAAGGUAUUCGCAGCCUAUAGUCGAUUUGAACGUCUUUACGGAGAUGGAUCAAAUUAUGAAACUGUUGCGGUUGCGGUUGCUAAAGCAAUGUAUCAACAACGAAUUCUCCGUGAUCCUACAGACUUUGACGCGCAUGUAUCUCAGUAUCUUAUCCUACGUGAUGCUGCAAUUCAGAGUAGCAAGAAGUAUAACGGUAAUAAUAAUAACAAUGACAAUAUGAUUAUUGAUACAAAUGAGGAAGCACUCUGGAAAGAAGCAUUGAAGUGUCUAGAAAUAGCAAUUGGUAUCCGUAUUAAUGGUGUAAAAAAUCCUCUGGCAGCACAGCGAAAGGCUCUUCUAGUAAUAGAAUAUGCACGUCGUGUAGAAUGUUAUGAUGUUAAUGCUGCACGUACAGCUUUAGCUACUUGUAUUCGUGAAUUUCCAUUUACUACGGCAUCAUGUCCACAAUUAUGGAUAGAGGCUGCCGCUCUUGAGCAGCGUCAUGGUGCAUACGCGCAGGGUCGCAAGAUUCUUGGUGCUGCUAUUCAUAUUUCAGCUUGUCCUGAUGUGUUUGAAGCAGCUUUGCUACUUGAAGAAAAGGCAUGCGUAGCUGGUGAGUUAAGCCGUAGUGACUGUAUGCAACGGAGUCGUGAGAUUUAUCAAAGUGCUAUUAAACAAUUUCCACAAGAUUAUUCUCUAUGGGAAGGGUAUGCAAAAAUGGAGGAAAAAGAAGAACAAUUUCAUCGAGCAGAUGCUUUACGUCUUGCUUGUAUUCGAUCCUUCACUGCUGCUGCACGAGCUGCACAAUCCAUGUCGGAUCGCUAUGAAGUACUCGGUAAAGUAGAUCAGGCAUGGGCACGUCGUUUGGCUAUGAAACGACGAAUGAUUCGGGCUGAACAGAAGAAAUUACAGAAUAAUAAAAAUAACAAUAAUAAUACUGUAGCUAAAGAAAGCACAGAGAAAGAGGCCCUAUUGCAGUUAUAUCGUGACUUGCUAGACUCUGUAUGGGAUGAUUAUAAGUAUGAGGCACUUCGCUGGAGGGAAAAGGCGGAGGCGACCAGUGGAGUUCUUUCUCCACCACCGGAGCGAAUACCAGAUGUUCUCGCCCCAGCGGUUGCCCGCUUUGCAGAGGCGGUGAGUGCCGUUGCCUCAUUUCUUAUCGUCCCCACUCAACGCAAUGGUGUGUAUGAUGCAGCGAGUGUGGAUUGGAUGCGUACAGUAUUCCGCACAAUGGUGGAGCGGGAGCGAUCGGCAUUACAACAACAACUCGGCGGUAUGGACGAGAAUGCCGGCUUCGACGCGGUGCAACAACGACGGCGUUGGGGGGAAUUUCUUCUCAACCCCGUCGUGGCGGAGUGGCGGCGGUUUGAGGCGACGUACGCAACGGAAGAGACGUUGAAGGCGGUACAGGAGUUUGUGCAGCCGGCGAAGCGUCGCACAAGACUCUUUGCAAAGAGGAAAGCGUAA